UCCGUAGUAAUGCUUUUCACAAGCUAUUUGUAAAUAGAAAAUUAUUAUAUUAUUAUUAAUUUAUUAAUCUGGUUAAUAUAAUUUAUAAUAUUUACUAAAGAAAGAAUAGUUAUUUUAUUAUUACGUACGUAUUUGGCAAUAUUUGCCUGAAUAUCCUAUUUUACAUUCAAUACAACUGCCAUCGUUUCGUUUACAUUUAGCUCCUUUACAGUUGUAUUCUUCGCAAGAUUUACGGCAUUUUUCGCCAUACCAACCGUUUUUACAAGAUUCCUUACAAGUUCCAUUUUUAAGGCAAUCGUUUGUAGAACAAUAACGACUGCAUGGCUUAUUACAAUAAUCUCCAAAAUAUCCUUUUGCACAAGCGAAGCAUGUCGUAUCAGUUUUUGUACAAUUGUACUUGGCUAGGCAAUUUGAAUUAUUUAGACAGAAUUUUUUACAUUUAUCAUAAUCACAAUGUUUUAUUUUGUAUUUUUCCAUACGAAAUACUCCAAGAUUUAUAAAGAAAACUAAAAGAAUUAACAAUCCAACUGUAGACAUCUUUUGUUAAUUAUCUUGUAAAUGCUUUGUGAUAGAAUAGGAAACUGAUUCCUUCUUUUGCUUUUUAUUUUCUUUCUAUCUAUAUCUCUCUGUCUCUGUCUCUGUCUGUCAGUGUCUAGCACCGCUCCUACAUAAGUACACUCCACGCACAAGAUUGAAAUUGUUUAUCGUAUAGGCUUUAAGAGGGCUAUGUAACUUUUUCUUUACAGAUAUGUAAAUUGAUUUAACUUUUUUGAUGGAUUUUUUAUAUAUUCAUUUAUUUAUUCGUAUUCUAUAAAUAUUUCUUUUAUUUUCUAUUGAUAAUUAAAAUGAAAGUCCUCGCCCCAAAUUACAAAAGUAGAAGUGAAGAUUUUAAGAAGAUAUUCAAAAAUAUUCCCGGUGAUGAAAGAUUAUUAGUAGAUUAUUCUUGCGCUCUUCAAAAGGAUAUUCUAGUCCAUGGGAGAUUAUAUAUUACACAAAAUUGGAUAUGUUUCUACGCUAAUAUAUUCCGUUGGGAAACAAUGUUAACCAUCAGAUGUGAUAAUAUUAAAGCUAUAACCAAGGAGAAAACUGCUAGAGUUAUACCGAAUGCCGUUCAGAUAUUAACCGAAAAUGAGAAAUAUUUUUUUACAUCGUUCGCUUCGAGAGAUAAAGCUUUUCUAAUGCUUUUCCGCGUUUGGCAAAAUGCUCUAAUGGAUCAACCUAUGGAUUCUCAAGAAUUAUGGCAAAUGGUACAUCAUUCGUAUGGCGAAGAGUUAGGAUUAACGUCUAGUGAUGACGAUUAUGUAGCUCCACCUGUUGAUGAAGAUGAACAGUCGAGUUCAUUAACUGUUCAUUACAAAUCUAAGGCACUUGAUGACGAUGGAUUGGAUAAUGUUAAAAUAUCAAAGGAACCAUCUUCAUCGCUAAUAACACCAAAUUCAUCUUAUUCUCCAUUGGAGGACGACGGUUCACCUACAAUUGAUCAAACAAUGACUGCACUAAAUGACGACCCAAGCGAUUUCGAAAUGUUUACGGAAAAUCUUUGCGAAAGCCAUGAACACCCAGGGAAAUUGUAUUUGGACGAAGUAUUUUCAAUUGAUGUCGAUCAAAUGUUUCAAUUAUUAUUUACCGAUUCGGAAUUUUAUUUGGAAUUUAUAAGGGCUAGAAAAACUUCUGAUUUAAAACUAACACCAUGGCCUGACGAAUCGGACGAGAAUGGUGGCAAAUGUCGAACGAUUACUUAUACAUUGUCCCUAAACUAUCACAUUGGACCAAAAUCUACUUUAUCAAUUGAAAAACAGACUAUGCAAUCUGAUACUCGACCUGGUAAUUGCUAUAUAAUUGAUACAGAAGUAUCAAAUCCAAGCGUUCCACAUGGCGAUUCAUUCUACGUUUUUAGUCGAUACUGUAUUCUAAAAGUAUCAGAGAAAAGGUCAAGGUUAAAGGUACAUAGCGAAGUACGUUAUUUAAAGAAUGCAUGGGGUUUAGUUAAAACUGUACAUCUUCGAAAAGAAGCGGAUAGAGUUCAAGAAUUUCAUAACCCAUCUGUAACAACAAUAGCCAAUUCUAAGAAACGCCAAAAUAGACGUCGCAGGAAAAAUUCUAUCGAUCGAAUAGUUAAAGUAUUACCAGACACAAACAUACAGAAUGAAAGGACUUUUGUGGAAUUUACUUCAUUCAUUAGGAUGGAUACUUAUACACUAAUUAGAUUAUUAUGUAUUUUAUUAGGCCUUUUAAUAUUUAUGAAUCUAUAUCUAUAUAUGAAAAUAUCCCAAUUAGAGUCUAAAGCAAAUCCAGUUUUUAGCAGUAGAAGAUAUGAUUUUAGGCCUGAUCAGAAUGUACCUGAAAAAUGGAGUAAUGUAAUAAAUGAACAACAGUCUUUGCAUAAGAAUGAAAUGGAAUAUUGGAAAGAAAUUCUUGGCUCUUCAAUUCUAGUCAUUGAUCAGAUUAAGAAAACACUUGAAGGUCUUCAAGCUACCGUUGAUCACAAACUACAAGAAUCUACUGCAAAUAACUAA